AUGUUGAGUCACGCGCGGAUCGCGGAGGCGACUAAUGACGCCCGGCGUAAGCGGAAGGAACGUGACUCGUCGGACUCGUCUCUGACUCAAUCUCCGGCUGUGGCAGCGCCCGAAACGAGUCACACUCGGAUCGGACCUAGCCCGAUUCCUGUUCCUGGUCCGGUUCGAGCCGGCAACAACCGGCUGCUGGCCGGGUGCCUGGCGCACGAGUUCCUGACCGGAGGGACGCUGUUGGGGAAGCGGUGGGGGAAGGAAACGGGCGCGGGGUCGGAGCUCGACAAGGCGGCGAGCUCUGGAGAGUCGAUUCGGGGCCGGGAAGCGCCGAGCUCGUAUGCGGCGGUGACUUAUUUGCUGAAGGCGGAGGCAGCCUGCAUUCCGGGCGUGGUGAACCCCACGCAACUCGCUCAUUGGCUCGACAAAUGA